UCUUAUAAACUUGUACAUAGUACAAUAAUAAUAGUAACCUUUACACGAAUAGAAAGGUAAGUGGCUUAAUUUAGUGUAUGGUAUACUCUGUUUUUUGUUUUUCCAAGCAGUGAAACCCUAUCAAUCACCUCAAACAAACAACAAUGAGCUACCAGCGUAUUCCUGAUCAACAUGAGCCUUUCCCACCACCAGGGCAACAACCAGCAGCAUACCCGCCACCGCCUUUGCUUCAGCCGCCGCCGCCACCUCCACAACCAAGCUACCAGGAUUACUUUUAUGGCGAAGAGUAUCCUCCUCCUCCUCCACCACCACCACCACCACCACCAGCCCCGCCACCCCCACCGCCACCCCCUCCUCCUCCCACUCUAGAAAAUGAGGACCAGGACCACUCAGACUCUGGCUGCUGUUCCUUCCUUAAAGCCUGCUUGGGUGGGCUAUUUUGCUGCUGUUUACUGGAGCAGUGUUGCGUGUAGUAAUGAUCUGCUCAUUAAAUUAUCAAUGAAUAAGAAUUGUACUACUUGCUCUUCUCUAUAAUUAACUAUAUAUAAUUACUACAGUUGACAUUUUUGUUCUGUCACAUUCUUAAAUUUGGGUUUGCUAGCCGUUGCUAUUAUAUAAUAACAUUUUGUUGUCUAAUGUAUUUACUGUCAGAAAAUGAAAUGUUUUCUUGGGUUUUUGCUA